GAUAUUUAUGGAUACAAAGCAGCAAAGUUACAUAAACCACGGGGAUUUUUAGCAUGUGCCUCUCGUCUCGUAGAAUAACUUAAACAUCCAUUUAACUCAUCCUUCGAGUCUCUUUUAGCCUCCGAGCUACAUGUCUACCAGCUAAUCCAUUCACGUGACCCUGGAUCAUUUAAAGUUUCCAAUCAAGGACAUCGAGGCACUAACCUUUGACGCCGACAGGCCGAUAGCCAACUCACUACUCUAUUAGUAUGUAGUCGGGAUGAGGCCAUAACAUUCAAGUAUUGCAACUACCCUCCAUGUACGAAUAACAGGAACCAACUACACAACCCAAGAUAAGACAACGGCAAGGGACCGGACAACCGCGCGCAAUGCCCUCACUAGCGGGGAAACACUGCGUUAUCUCCGGCGGCAGCCGGGGCAUCGGCCUCGCCAUCGCCCGGCUCUUCGCCUCCGAGGGCGCCGGAUGCACGCUCAUCGGACGGGACCCGCAUCGCCUAGCCAGCGCCGUUGGAUCUUUGCCUCCUUCCACCACCACCACCCAGCAUCAACAACAACACGCCUCAUCCGCCUUUGACGUCUCCUCAGCUACGGGAUGGGAAAAGCUGCGAGCCGACAUGAAAGACCAAAAAUGCGACAUCCUCAUCAACGCCGCCGGCAUCACGCAAAACAGCUUCCUGUUCAAAACCAGCGACUCGAGUAUAAACGAGAUCAUCGCCACGAACCUGACAGGCACGGUCUGGGGGUGCAAGACCUUUAUUCCCAAGAUGAUGAAGCAGAAGGAGGGCUGCAUCAUCAACAUCUCCAGCCUCCUAGCCACGCACGGCGGAAAAGGCGCAAGCGUGUACGCCGCGUCGAAAGCCGGCGUCGUAGGUCUAACGCGGUCAUUGGCCUGGGAAGUGGGUAGAUUUGGCAUUCGCGCCAACGUCCUUCUACCCGGCUACAUCCAAACAGACAUGACGAAAGAGAUGGAUAAAAAUGGUGAGCUUUCUGCUUCGAUCCCUUUGGGGCGCCAGGGGCUGGCCGAAGAAGUUGCAGAUGCCGCCUUAUUUUUAGCCAGAAAUUCUUACGCACAUAAUUGCGUCCUAAACAUCGACGGAGGCUUGAGUGCAACAUAGGCCCACAUAUUCGGCUGAUCUAGGAUGAUGAACACUCAGUCCAGGAUCUCAAUAGCCCCGGUACCUACAUCGUCUUCGAUGACGACAAUAUCAUCGUUCUUCGACUUCUUCAACAUCGGUGAAUCAUGAUCGUCUACUCUGGCCCGUUUCUUCGGGUCCUUGAUAGCGGUGUGCAAAUCACUACUACGCUUGCCGUUGGCUUGGCCAACCCCAUUGCUUUCCACAGGAGGGAGCACCUUCUUUGGCUUGCGAGGUAUGGAUGGCACUUGGUCGGCUUCGAGACCCUUGAUAGGUUUAUCGGCGAGCUCACUACGGAAUGAAGUUAGCAAUUGGCGCGGAUAGUGAGAACAGUGUCACGACGUACGAUUCUUGAAUGUUGAUGACGACAUUGGUGAAGGUGUCUUCGUCAUCCUCGUCAACAAUCGUCACGAAACCAUUGUGCUUGACACCUGUAAAUUAUUAGAAUCAGUAUCACAAACGAUGAGGGAUUGAUUAUGCCAUACCAAGUUCGCUAAGGUUCUUUU